AUGGCUACCAUCAUCAAGAACUUAACUUCAAGUGCUGGAUCUUUUGCACUUCACCAGGCUUGCUCAAAGGUGGUUCCAGCUAUUGCUAGGUAUGGGAUGGAACCAACAACCCCAGAAGAGAAGAAGAGGCAUAUAAUUCACUCUCUCUGUAAGCCUCUCUCAGAUUCUCUUUUGGGUAGCCUAGACAGCCUAUCUUCUGGAGCUGCCCUCUGUUUGAAGGCUCUCGUGGACUCAGAUAACUGGCGGUUUGCUUCAAAUGAGAUGGUCAAUGAAGUUUGUCAGAGAGUUGCUGGGGCUUUGAAGAACCCAACCCUGACCAAGUCACACAUGGCUUUAGUCAUGGCUUUGGCUCAGAAAAGUAGUCUACUUGUUGAAGCAUAUGCUAGAUUGUUAAUUCACUCUGGUUUACGGAUUUUGGAUGCUGGUGUUGCAGAGGGUAAUUCUCAGAAAAAGCUAUCAGCCAUUCAAAUGGUAAAUUUGUUAAUGAAGUGUUUGGACCCGAAAAGCAUAUUUUCAGAGCUUGGGUUGGUAAUAGAGGAGAUGGAAAAGUGUCAGUCUGGUCAGAUGGCUUAUGUUAGAGGAGCUGCAUUUGAAGCACUGCAAACAGCAAGAAGACUAGCCACUGACAAAGGCUCAAAGUUUGAGAGUAAUAUGGGUUCAAUUACUGGGGCUAAUGUUGGCAGAAGAGGUAACAGUCGAAUGAGAAAUUUAUGGGGUAGUGAAGAUCAAUCACCACUUACUGCGUCACCUGAAUCGCAGACUGUUAAUUCAUUAGUUGGGUAUAAUUCUUUAAGUGAAUCACCAAUGUCAGGAAGUCAGACCUCUCCGGACUCGGAUUAUGACCAAAGGAGUGUGAACCAGAAACUUUGGAGGAUUUACCAGAAUGGUGGUGUGGAUGUAUCUGUAAGGGACAGGCUAUUUUCAGAGGUACAUGAUGAAUUUAGUGAUGACCGAGGAGAUGAAUUCAUCGGACUUUUACAGCGAAGUCCACAAAUUGGAGUUGUGAGAGGCACCACUCCCGGCCCUCAGGGAUCAUGCUCUCACAUCAACGCUGACAAUGUCAAGAUCUUCACAACUCCAAGAAAGCUAAUUUGCUCUGUUCAGGAACCAAACGAUGUGGACUUCUUCGAGAACCAAACCAGGAGGUUUACAAGUCCAUCAAGCAAAUUAGAACGGAUUUCCACAUCUAGGUAUGACCAAAAUGGCCUAUCACAAGAUGCAAAUGAUGAGACCGAAACAUAUGGAAAUUUGUCUAUUGAUGGUGAACAGUUCCAUGAUAGCUCAGAGUCAGUGUAUUCAACAGAAGAUGUCCGUGCGGAUUCUGAUCUUCAAGAGUCUCCAAAUGUGAGACCUGGAAGUAAAACUGAAUCACAAGGUAUUAAUGUUCGAAAACAUCUUCGGAAACGUACUGUCAACAUCUUUUGUGGUCUCUUUGUACUCCUAUUUGCAGUUUUUGUUUGUUUCUUGUUGAUUGAUGACCCGGAUGAAGGCCUUUAUCUUGUUCCCACCUAA